CCGCUUGUGUUGUUCACCCCCUUGCGAACUAUCUGUCGAACAGGCGGAAACGGGCGAUCGGUCCCAGGUGUAUGGGGGAUAAGCCAAAAUGGCUCCAGCAGGUGGAGGAAAUAUCAAGGUGGUGGUGAGAGUGCGGCCUUUCAACAGCAGAGAACUCGACAGAGGUGCAAAAUGUAUCGUGCAAAUGAAAGGCAGCCAGACCGUCCUCACCCCACCGCCAGGCGCUGAUGAAAAGGCCCGGAAGGCUGGUGGAGGGAAGGGCGCGGUAGAAGGGCCGAAGUCGUUCGCCUUCGACCGAUCGUAUUGGUCUUUCGACAAGAACGCCCCGAACUACGCCAGCCAGGACAAUCUCUUUCUCGACCUGGGUGUACCGCUUCUAGACAAUGCUUUCCAAGGUUACAACAACUGUAUUUUCGCGUACGGUCAAACGGGUUCCGGAAAAUCGUAUUCGAUGAUGGGCUACGGCAAGGAAUUCGGUGUGAUCCCGCGAAUUUGUCAAUCUAUGUUCGAGCGCAUCACUUCGAUCCAACAAGACAAGAACCUCGGCUGUACGGUGGAAGUGUCGUAUCUUGAAAUCUACAAUGAGAGAGUCCGUGAUCUGCUCAACCCUUCGAACAAGGGGAAUCUUAAAGUCCGCGAGCAUCCGUCGACCGGUCCUUAUGUCGAGGACCUUGCCAAGCUUGUAGUGCGCUCCUUCGAUGAGAUUGAGAACCUGAUGGACGAGGGUAAUAAGGCCAGAACGGUCGCUGCCACGAACAUGAAUGAGACGUCCAGUCGUUCGCACGCCGUGUUCACUUUAACACUCACACAGAAGCGCCACGACUCGGAGACGUCUAUGGAUACGGAGAAGGUGUCGCGGAUUAGUCUAGUCGAUCUUGCGGGUUCGGAAAGGGCAACAUCUACCGGAGCGACCGGUGCUCGAUUGAAGGAGGGUGCUGAAAUCAAUCGGUCGCUCUCGACCCUAGGUCGUGUCAUUGCAGCUCUCGCAGAUGUGGCUGCUGGCAAGAAGAAGAAUGCCUCAAUGGUUCCAUAUCGUGAUUCCAUCCUAACAUGGUUGCUGAAAGACUCCUUAGGAGGUAACUCCAUGACAGCAAUGAUUGCCGCUAUUUCACCCGCCGACAUCAACUUCGAUGAGACUCUGAGUACGUUGCGUUAUGCAGACUCGGCGAAACGGAUCAAGAACCACGCGGUGGUGAACGAAGACCCCAACGCACGAAUGAUCAGAGAACUAAAGGAAGAGUUGGCUCAACUCAGGUCGAAACUCGGGGGUGGUGUAGCCGCCGCCGCAGGCGGAGGUGCAGGUGGCGUCGCUGGCGCCAUCCCAGCAGAAGAAUAUUACCCUCCAGAGACUCCUUUAGAGAAGCAGAUGGUUUCCAUUCAGCAGUCCGAUGGCUCGGUCACUAAGGUCAGCAAGGCUGAAAUUGUCGAGCAGUUGAACCAGAGCGAGAAGCUCUACAAAGACCUGAAUCAGACCUGGGAGGAGAAGAUGGCGAAAACAGAGGAAAUUCACAAAGAGCGAGAGGCUGCGCUGGAGGAGCUUGGAAUCAGUAUCGAGAAAGGUUUCAUCGGCUUGAGCACGCCGAAGAAGAUGCCACAUUUGGUCAAUCUCAGUGACGACCCGUUGCUCGCCGAGUGCCUUGUUUAUAACAUCAAACCGGGAACCACAAUCGUCGGAAACAUGGAACAGGGAGGCCAUGUGGAAAUACGAUUGAACGGCUCGAAGAUCCUUGACGAUCAUUGUAGGUUCGAAAACGUGGACAACAUUGUCACAAUUAUCCCUACUGAGGGUGCGGCGGUCAUGGUGAAUGGACUGCGGAUCGAUAAACCCAAGCGACUCAAGAGUGGGUUUCGGAUAAUUCUGGGGGACUUCCAUAUCUUCCGUUUCAACCACCCGCAGGAAGCGCGCGCCGAGAGGGUUGAGCAGAGCCUGUUGCGCCAUUCAGUUACUACGAGUCAAUUGGGCUCGCCGGCUCCGAACAAAACACACGACCGAAGCCUGAGUAAGACCGGCUCGGAGGUUGAUGGAGACUCCAGCAGAGCGGACUCCCCGAUGCCUUCCCAACGUGGCAGGGAAUCUGAUUGGUUUUAUGCUCGCCGUGAAGCCGUCAGCGCUGUGCUGGGGCCCGAUCAAAUCUCGCACAUGCCUGAUGAUGAGCUGGACGCUCUGUUUGAGGACGUGCAGAAAGUGAGGGCAACGCGCCGUGGGCUAAUGGAGAACGAGGAGGACUCCGACUCGCUGAGUUCAUUCCCAGUGCGUGAUAAAUACAUGUCCAACGGCACCAUCGACAACUUCUCAUUGGACACUGCCAUUACGAUGCCCGGGACCCCCCGUCCUAUUGACGAGGAUGACGGCCAAAAUGGGGGUGAUGCAACGUUGCAAUCAGUUCGCCAGGAUAUGCAGCGCCAGCUGGACCGACAAAAGGAGGAGUAUCAGGACAAGUUGAGAAAUGCUGAAGCUUCCUCCACCCAGGGUGUCGAUGAUUUACGCUCUGAAAAGGCCCGCAUGGAGGAAGCCCUGCGAACGGCCAAGGAAGAAUUCGAAGAGCAACUGAAAAAGCAAAAGGAAGCUUUCGAGUCUCACAUGAAGGACCUAGGCCAACCGGUACCCAAGAUCUACGAGAAUGGAUUCGCCAAGUUAGACGCAAGGGAGCUUGAAGUUGCAAGCACCGUCUACCGCCAUUGGUCCCAGCAAAACUACGUUCGCAUGGCCGAGAAAGUGCUCCAGCAUGCUUCUCUGUUGAAGGAGGCUCAGGUGAUGAGCCAUAUCAUGGACAAAAACUUUGUGUUUCAAUUUGCGAUCAUCGAUCACGGGCACAACAUGGCCUCAUCUUACGACCUUGUACUAAACGGCAUUUCUGGAGAUGAGGACGUUGUGCUAGACGACGCUAAGAAACCAUGUGUUGCAGUUCGUGUGAUCGACUUCAAGCAAUGCGUGAUUCAUCUCUGGUCUAUUGAGAAGCUCCAACGUCGCGUCCAGGCUAUGCGUCAAUUGCACCAGUACAUCGAUCGCCCUGACUAUAUCCAGCACUUCAAGCUUGAGAAUCCGUUCUCCGAGUCAUGUUCGCCACAGUAUUCUCUUGUUGGUGACGCCGAUAUCCCACUCACGGCAGUAUUUGAGACUCGAGUUCAAGAUGUUUCUGUCGAAGUGAUCUCGCCAUACACACAGAACGUCAUAGGUAUAAUCAGGCUGUCCUUGGAGCCCUCCUCGGCUCAGGCGCCUUCAUCUACCCUCAAAUUCAAUGUCGUGAUGCGCGAUAUGGUUGGGUUUGCUGAAUGGGAAGGGUCAGAUGUCCACGCGCAAUUGUUUUUGCCGGGCAUCUCUGACGAGGGAGGAGCUACGACCACUCAAAUGAUCAGUGGGUUCGACGAGACACCGGUGCGGUUCGAGAGCGUUCAUAGUAUGAGUCUACCACUCUCAAGCCCACGAACUGCGGCGCUGAAAAUUUGCGUCUAUGCGCGAGUGACCCAAAUGCAUCUGGAUAAGCUGCUCAGCUGGGACGACAUGCGCGAUUCCGCGGAACCGGCACCGCAGAAACGCAAAACACCACGAAUUGCGGAGACGGAGUUUUAUUCCGAAGAAAGACACGAUGUUUUCGCAAGGGCGCAGGUGCUUGAAUUAGCGGAGACGGGAGAAUACCUCCCGGUCGAAGUAGUCCAGAGUAACAGCCUUGAUGCAGGUACUUAUCAGCUCCACCAAGGACUACAGCGUCGGAUUCUGGUGAACCUCACCUAUAGCUCGGCCGAAACUCUCCCAUGGGAUGAUAUCACCAGUAUUCGCGUGGGGUCGGUACGGUUGCUAGAUCCCUGGGGCAAGAUUCCUGACCAGGACCUGCAGACUCCAGAUGUUCCAUUGAAGUUUGUCCAGGAGCCAAAUGUGAAGGAGAAUGCAGAUGGAACAUCCAACAUUACCAUCAUAGGUCAAUGGGACUCUAGCUUACACGGAUCCCUCCUGCUUGACCGGGUCACUGCGGACAAGUAUCGGGUGCAGGUGACAUUGCGAUGGGAUCUUAUAUCCUCCCGCCUACAGGAUCCUGUUCCCUUUGAAAUUGAUUUGACUCUCCAGAUCCAGGGUCGAACCUAUGUCCGACCUCAAUCCAUGUUCAAGCAAUUCUUCAAUUCGACGCGCAUUGUGCACUCCACAGUCCGGAUGUUCUCAUUAGUCGUUCGUCCAGUGUCCGCCAAACGCGCAGCUGAUCUCUGGCGCAUGAACACACAGAAUGACUAUGUCAAAGGGGAGGAAUUUCUGACAACUUGGGCUCCACGCAAAGUCUCACUUGUCCGCGAUUACGUGGCCGCCCGCAAACGAAGGCGACGUGUUGCCGAAUUGAAUGCUGCCAAAGGCGCUCUGAGUGCAACUAGCCUCGUGGCAUCGCCUUCACGCAGCGGACGGUCCACGCCGCUCCGUAGCCAGGAGCGUGUUGACCGUCGGACCAAGCUGCUCCAGAAAUAUGUUGACCUUUGGACAAGGAAGACUGAUCCUAUUGAGGCCAUUCUUGUUCGAAGCAACACGGAGCCGCCUGCAGGCGGGGCGGCUUUUGCCUCGCGGGCGAAGCCAUUUUCUUCAAGUGAUGAUGGUAGUUCGGUGCAGGACGAGGCAUCAUUGAAGCCGCGAUUUGUUGCUACCGUCCAAGCCCUCCCGAAGAAUACUUCCUCCCUGAAGUCGGGCUACCUAUUGACACCCGACGAUACCAACAGCCAAUGGGUCCGGCGGUUUGUUGAACUGCGUCGGCCGUACCUCCAUAUAUACUCCGUUCCUGACGGCGACGAAAUCAAUGCGAUCAACCUGCGCAAUUCACGGGUUGACCAUGCACCUGACUUUGCACGGCUCCUCGAUGGUCCAGGCGCCGGGUCCGACCGCGGAACAUCUCCACGCGGUCGUCCGAACGUUUUUGCGGUGUACGGUGCGCAAAACACGUUCCUGUUUGCGGCCCGAACCGAAGCUCAGAAAGUCGAAUGGAUCCUCAAAAUUGACGAGGGCUAUUUUAGCAGCAGCGGUGCCCGAGCUAUGGCCAAUAACAAUGCCUAACUCUCGAGUGUCGUCUGGCCCCAGCUGAAACAGUCUUCCCCUGUUGAACAGGUUUCGUCAACAUCCAUCAGCCUGCCCCUGCAUAUAGUACUUUCCCCGGUGUUGUUUGCGUUCA